AUGAAGUACCUGACCCUUGGCUAUGGCUCCGCAUGGAGUUUCUCUGCCAAACCUUCAUCUGAGGCACCCCUUGGUUCUCCCGGUGCAAUCAUUGCAUCAACGUCUGACACUGCUGGACAAAAUGAACUUUCCAAGACACAGUCCCCGCCGCCUAGCGAACCACGGCUUAGUGAACAACGAAUGAAACCAAAUAAUCAUACACAUGGCCGCUUUGUCCUGGGACCUCGUGAUGAUCUGGAUACUCUGGAUGACCUUGAAGGAAGUCCGGAGCCUGAGGCGGAAGGCAGAUCGAGGAGUCGAAUCAUCCACCGAACAGUUCAUGUCCAGCUUAAAGGUUCUGAUGAUGUCAAAAAGCUUCAGGCAGUUAUAUACGUGCACCAACCAUUCAUGUUCACGUUCCUGUUCGACCCAGAGAUCUCUUCUCUGUCACUUCCAUCUCUAUACACAAGCAUCCACCACCAACUAGGCCCUCUCCAGAAACCCCUCUUGGCGUCAACCUCUCCCACAACAGCCGCCUCGCGCAUUUCCAUGACAGAAGGCACACCCGAUUCCAACAAGCGCCAAGUAGUCUACGACCUCAUUUAUGACCCAUCAAACUUAACCAUUCGUUCAUCCAUCCCAAAUAUCCCCAGCCUAUCCACACCCUCUCAUAUCAGAGAACGAUCAGGCUCCCCGCGCACUCCCUCCCCCUCUUCCUCUCAACCGAGCACAUUGUGGUCCCGCGUUGAGAGCCUGGCAACCCAACACCGCCUGCUGUCAACAUACAUCGACACCCGCGCCCGGUUGCAGGAACUUGAGCGUACUAGCAAGACCAAUCGAGGCUGGUGGAUAGUCUGGGUGCGCUUCAACAAUGGCUCAACUUCUGCACCUGCUUUAUCCCUAGAUGAAAACCAGCUUCCUUCAACGGCAACAUCUCCCCGAGUGGACCUUAUUCCGUCCCCCGCCCAGGAAGCCUUCAUCGUCCGCAAAUCAAGUGACUACGUCUCUCCCGCCAGCCACGCUCGGAUCAGCAGCGGAGCUCGCUUCUUCCGUGAUCUAGGCGGCGCUUCAUCUACCAAGCUAACUUCAUCCCGAGCAAACGACACCACGCCAUCAAAGCUAGUCGAGGGACUUGGAAUGGAUGCGCGACGGUAUAUCGAGGGAUUGCUAAGUCUGAAUCGGUCAUGA